ACGUGUGCAUGCGCGGAGCAGGGAUGGACAGAGGGGCGCAGGCAGAAUGAGACAUGAAGGCAUCUGACCAAUCCGAGCUAUUCGGGCCGAAAAGCAUGGAUUGGUCAGCUUUUUCUCAGUCCUGCAGCUGCCACAGAGUGUUGGUAGGGCCUCAAGUCUAAUCUGAGCAAGUUGGUCUUGCUGAAGCCAAAACAAACCUCACGUCACAGGCUGCUGUCAUUUUACGACCCUCUGGUGCUCAGACGUCAGACCAACAGCUGUAGUUGCUCUGCGCAUGCGCUGUGCAGCCGAGGCUCGAAGCCGUCUGCUUUGUUGGGACCAUCGAUGCUGUGACUUUUCGGCCCUCGUAAGCUACCAAUUGCACGGAAACACGGCGGACUUGUAGAGUCGUGGCUGGUUAUCAGACAUCGUUAACUUCCUCUGCACACUCGGCCGUGUGCGUGUUUCGCUGCGUGGACGACAAAGUGAGGAGCUCCUGUAUACAAACAACACGCAGAGAGCUGCUGUUUAAGGUGGCACGUCGGAGAUAGCCACAGCGAACAGGAGUCGUCCGUUUUGCUCCCGACGUCCGUGAAGUUCGCCAACUUUCGAUGGAAGACAGCACGCGGCUUUGUUAGGAGUCCAACUCCAAAACGUGUCCGUCCGAACAUGAGAGAAGAGGACAGGUUGUUGUCAGGAAGGCAGCUCAUGGCAAGUGAACGAGGGGGUGAACAUCUCUGCCGCUGCUGCUGCUGCUGUCCCUAUUUGACAGAGGAGGAAGGAGCUAACCAGAAGGGUGCCCUGAGGCCUCCUGGUCACUGCAGUGAAAACCACUAAAAUCACACUUUGGCACGAGGAUGGAGACGGUGGGGAAGUUUGAGUUCAGUCGGAAGGACUUGAUAGGACAUGGCGCUUUUGCUGUCGUCUUCAAAGGCAGGAACCGAGAGAAACAUGACUGGGAGGUGGCAGUGAAGUGCAUAAACAAGAAGAACCUGGCCAAGUCCCAGACACUGUUGGGUAAAGAGAUCAAAAUACUCAAGGAACUGAAACAUGAGAACAUUGUUGCUUUACUGGACUUUCAGGAAACUGCCAGCUCAGUGUACCUGGUAAUGGAGUACUGCAAUGGAGGCGACCUUGCUGACUACCUACACUCCAAAGGAACGCUAAGCGAGGACACCAUUCGGGUUUUCCUGCAGCAGAUUGCAGGAGCCAUGAGGGUCCUACAGGCCAAAGGCAUAAUCCACAGGGACCUCAAACCACAGAACAUCCUGCUCUCCUACCCACCAGGACGCAAGUCGCACUCCAACAACACCUGCAUCAAGAUUGCGGACUUUGGCUUUGCCAGGUACCUUCAGAAUAACAUGAUGGCGGCAACACUCUGUGGGUCCCCUAUGUACAUGGCUCCGGAGGUCAUUAUGUCCCAAAACUAUGAUGCCAAGGCUGACCUGUGGAGUAUAGGAACCAUCGUGUUUCAGUGCCUGACUGGGAAGGCUCCUUUUCAGGCCAGCAGUCCUCAGGAUCUCCGGCUGUUCUACGAAAAGAACAAGACUCUCAGCCCCAACAUCCCCAGAGAGACUUCAAGCCAUUUAAGACACCUGCUACUGGGUCUGCUGCAGCGCAACCACAAGGACCGCAUGGACUUUGAUGAGUUCUUUUGUCAUCCCUUCCUGGAGGCCAGCUCAUCCAUGAAAAAGACAACUCCUACUGUGUCUAUGACCUGCUUCCCAAGCUCUGCAUCAGCCAGCUCAUGUAGCAGCUCCUCCACCUCUCACCUUGCCUCACCACCGCAAUCUCUUGCUGAGGUUCAGCAUUUGCGUGCCAAAGCUCUGGCCUCACCUACCCAGGAAGCCACUGGUUUUCUCCUCAAGGACUCGUCUGGAGGGGGCGGCAGCAGCAAGAACUCAUCCUCCUGUGACACAGAUGACUUUGUCAUUGUGCCUCCUCACUUCACCAGUGAGCUCACAUGUGAGAGUAAAGUGCUGCCGGACAGCCUGAUGAACAGCGGCUCUCUUCUGGCUUCUGCUGGUCUUUGUAGUCAAGCCAAAACGCCGCCACACUCACCUUCCUACAGUGGGUCUCCAAGUCCCAUCAGGCCCAGUGAGUUCCCUGGAGGUAGCUAUGGAAACCAUGGUCAGUCAUUGCCUAUCCCAGUUCCCACUCAGCUACAGAACUACCAGCGCAUGGAGCAGAACCUCCAUCCCAGCAAACAGGAUGGCUCACCACGGCUGUCGACACCAGUGCGUCGAUGCAGUAGUGGAAGCUUGCUGGGCUUUGCUCGGACUGGGCCUUCACCACCCUACGGGCAGGGAGCAGUCACCCCCAAUCGCAGACUUUCACUGGGAGGCGCCAGACCCUUCCAGCUCUCCCCUCAAGCUCCUCACCACGCUGAAGCCCGGCCUGCUUCUCAUCAGCACCCACAGGCGACAGGACUGGGCACACGGCUCCACAGUGCCCCCUGUUUGCUAGAGUGUGCCAGUGGCGGUGUCAGGCAAAAGAUCAGGAAGCAGCACUCGGACCCAGUGGUGGCCCCCUCGACAGGCCUGAUGACCGUCCGCCCGCUGCACUCCUCCCCCAGACUCAGCGAGCUAAUGCAGCGUAGCCCCCUUCCGACCAUCCUGGGCUCCCCUUCCAGGACCAUACCUCCAUUUGAAUUCCCCAAGCCUCCCAGCUCUCCGAACCUCGUGACCUUCCUGACACAGCAGGGUUUGGUCAUCGGCUCCCCUUGCAGCAGGACUGCCCCAGCAGAGCCCAGAGAGCCGGGACAGCAAGCACCUACACAUGUCACCCAACCUGCACACUGCAUCCACAGACGGAGUGAUGAUACCAAGGGCUUUGGAAGGUCUCAGAGUGCUGGUCGUCUGUCUGACAUGCUGCUGAUGGCUGCUUUUGGACCAGGCGGACCUGCCGGUGAAAGAGGCAGCACAGAGAACCUGACCUCUGAAAAAGCCAUAGACAUAACAGUGCCCCCUUGCGGUGGGGGAGGCCUCGCUCCCGGCUCCUGCAGCCCAGCACAGGUGGUGUUCACCGUGGGCUCUCCUCCAAGUGGCAGCACCCCACCUCAUACCUCCAGACAGAGGAAAUACUCAGGCUCGUUCACUUCAGUCAGCCCCGCAGGCUCCUUCACAAGCCGUUACCCCCAGACAGGCAUCUAUCUGGAUGGCUUUGAGGCUCCUUCUAGUCCUCGCUACAGUUUCACUGAUCCAAUCACAGCCAACAUGGGCGGUCCUGUGACCUUCGAGGCUCCCGAGCUGCCUGAGGAGACACUGAUGGAGCAAGAGCACACAGACACCGUGCAACGCCUGCGCUUCACGUUGGAUUUCGCCCGCUGUCUGAUGGAGGUGGCUGGAGCCCGUGGGGCCACGGUGGUGGGGGAGCAGGGGGAAGUUUCUCAUCCCUCCAUACUUCAGCCGCAGAGCCUGGUAGCAGAUCAGAUAAGCUCGCUGAGCCGAGAGUGGAGUCAUGCAGAACAGCUGGUUCUCUACCUCAAGGCUGCAGAACUCUUGUCCACGGCGUUACACACAGCCAUGGAGCGAGUGAAACAGGGCAAACUCUACCCAUCUGCUACAGUCAAACAAGUGGUGAGGAGGCUGAACGAGCUGUACAAAUCCAGUGUGGCAUCCUGUCGCUCACUCAGCACCCGUCUGGAGCGCUUCUUUUCCAGGAAGCACCGUCUAAUGGACCAAAUCACCUCCAUCACAGCUGAGCGGUUGCUGUUCAGCCACACUGUGCAGAUGGUCCAAGCUGCUGCGCUGGACGAGAUGUUUCACCAAGGGGAAGCAUCCGCCCUGCGCUACCAAAAAGCUCUGCUGCUGAUGGAGGGUCUGUCUCUGCUGCUCACUGAACAGGACGACAUCGUCAGUGUUGGCAAAUGUAAGGAGUGCAUUGAACGUCGUCUCACAGCUUUGCAGUCAGGGCUCUGUGUCUGAGAGUCCUUCACUGCUUUGUGGAGUGGAUAUGAUGUCAGUCAUUUUCACGCUGCACAUUACCAACAAACCACAUCUGCGCCUACAUCUCAUGGUCUUCACUUAGAAAUGCUUUAAGGUUUCACAAGAAAAACCACAAGGCCUCUGGGUUUGAGCUGUCUAAAUGGCUUGCCGUUCAUCUCAAGUUUUUGGACAGUGGCAGUGACUUCCCCCAACAUUAAACUUGAACCGAUGUUGGACACGGAGCACUUGUGCUGUGAAAGAAUGUCUGCGCUCUCAUCCAUAUGAGAGGACUUUGCCCCUGGCAAUAAAAAUAGUGUUUUGUUUUUUAUUGCCAAGAAGAAGCUUCCCUUCACUAGGCGUAACACAUGCAGGAGCAAUUAUUGCCAAGUAGUCGCACACCCACAGAAAGUGCUUAUCUUUACAUAAACAGAUAGCAGUUUGUUGGGCAAAUAUUCAUGCUACAGAUUUGCAUUGGGCAACUCAUUACACAAAAUGUUUUACCAAGUAGCUGGAGGGAAAGUACAGUAUCAGCUGUACAGCUUCAUACGGAAAGGAUGUGGGCUGAUGAAGACCGGAAAUGGCCGAGUAUCAUUCUCAUCAAAUGUAUGUUUGUCUUUGCUUUGCUUGGUUUAUUUGUUCUGUUUUUUAUCUUAUUUUUACUUGCUUGCUGAAGGGAAGUAUGAGUAGCAAUGCUACACUUGGUGGCCGGAAGUGCAUGUAAGCACUAUUACAAAACUGUUGCCAAAAUGAUUUUUAAAAAUGUAGUUAUGUUUUUGUGUUUGGUUAUUUUUUAGAUUCACUGUAGAUGAGGUUACUAUGCUGGUUUGGACACUUUACUGAUUCUAUACUUGCUUAACAUCAAAAAAAUCACAUUCCACCACUGAAGCAAAGAUGGAAUAGGGUUUCAGUUUUUUAAAAUGGUGGUGGAUCCAGAAAACACUCUCCACUACACCAGUGCUACAUGCAGAAUACAGCUUUUAAUCCAAGAGGGACUGAAACUGGUCCGUAAACAUUCAUGAUCACAAUCAUGCUAAAGAUGCUGCACUGUUUUCUUCAGGUGUACAGAGGCUUAAAUGCUGCUGUUGCUGGUAAUUUCCCCACACAGUUCCACAUUCUGUCCGUCUGUAUGUUAUCAAUCAACCGUGUCGGAGUUUAGCAAGUAUAAUCAAAUAUGAAUGUCGGGGCUGACAGGAGAGAAGGAGUGAUAUAUUAGCCAAGUGUUAGCUAACUCACAUUUAGACUUGCCCCGGGGCUAACGUCUGAAUGUUUUUGCACUGUUGAAGUACUGUAGAGAACGAUCUUGAGCGGAACAUGCUGAAUAUGUAGAGUUUUUGUAGAUAGGUUUGCAUAUUUAGAGAGUUUGACUUCCUUUUAUUAGUUGUGUUAUAGUUCCAGUCGAAAGUAUGUUAGAUUUAAGAAUGCUGACACAGAGAUGGUAUAAGCUAUGAAACCUUAGAAAGAUUUCUUUAAGAAGAUAAAGGAAACGAAAAAAAAAUCACUUUACGCUGAGAACUGAUGUGCAUCGAUUGUGUUGUGUUCUAUUUCAAGGUAGUGGCGAUUGUGUUUGAUUUUGAAGAGUGUCUUGUUGAUUUGGAGUGCUAGUUGAAAAUGUGUGCUUUACCUGAAAUAUUUAUGUAUUGUUGAUAUUGACCUUAGCCAUAAAUCCCAACUGGAUACCUUUGCUCCCCUAAAUUGUCAGCAAAUAGGAACGAUCAGCUUCUACUUCUGGUUCUGGUUCCUUUCCGAGGGAAGUUUGUGUGCAUGCUUGCAUAUGUGAAGUGAUGUUUCACUUAUUAACAGACGGUGGUACCAAUGCUCUGUAACGAGAUGUGAAUGAUAUGAUGUUGACUCCAGUUGAUGUGGGUGGGUGUUUUAGGAUCCCACUCUUAUGACAUAUAAAAGGGUUUCCCUGGGUAUGACCCAGGCCUAGUACUAAGUUUUUCAUCCCCACAGUGUAAUCUCCCCUGCCUUUUUGUCAAAGUGCAUAUUUUUAGAAUAAGUUGUUGAUGUAUGCUGAGGGUUGAAGGUGGUGUACGCUGAUAUUAUGAAGCCAAUAUAGUAGCACUGUCAGCAGAAUGGGACGGAGGAAAGGUUUUUUCUCAGUCAAGAUUUCUCUAAAUAUACGUUCAGUGUAUUUGCUUUGUGGCCUUUUUGUAUUUUGUCACAGACUUUUUCUCAAAUUUUCGUAGCGUUUAUAAAUUUUGAGUGUACAUUCCUAAUAUUAGCUCAUCCACAUGCUCUCCUGUCUCUCUCAUGACGUCUUACCUUUUAAAGACCGAUGCAUGUGUCACUUUUUAUUGUUACCCACAAUCAUUGCAAUCGGCCAUCCUAAAGUCAAAAGCACCAGAAAGAUCAGCUGUACAGCAGUUGAAAUAUUUAAGGAGUGAGCAGGUUGGUGUUGGAGAGAGAUUCUGCUGUGUGCAUCCCCAUAAUCGAUCUGUCAUUGAUUUGGAUUCUUUUUGUAUGCUUAAUGAGAACAUACCAGAAUGUUUUUCAUUUUGUCUUUUUCACCUGACUUAUUCUGUAUGACCUGUAUAUAUUGUAAAUUAAGUUAUUGUUAUUAUGUAUAUGAUGCUGCAGGCAUGGAGAGAAGAGUACCACACCACCUAUACAUUUCCAAAGAAUAGGCCUUCUUCUGCUGAUCUUCCAUAUUGUCUCUUACUGUUUGCAAAAGCAUUUCAGUGUUAUCAUAUCUAUGACAAACACACUAUCUCAUUGUCCCUGUGUGUGAUGUAACAUUUACUGUUUGAGAGUUGCAAUAUGAAUAAAGUCAAAGGAAAAGGGUCA